AUGGAGCCGCCGUGCAGCCUGCGCCGCUGUGCUGCCAUUGUUAUCGGCGUGCACCUGCUUAUGCUCCUGCCGCCGUCGACGCUGAGCUUUAGAUUGACGCCGGCGCUGUCCCCGGCCCCGGCCCUGGCCCCGGAGGCGUUGAAGACCAUCACCGUGGACCAGCAUGGAGGAGGGGACUUUAGGCAUGUCCAGUCGGCAGUGAACUUCGUGCCGGACGGCAACCGCGAGUGGAUCCGGAUCCACGUCAAGAGUGGCAGCUACAGGGAGAAAGUCACCAUCCCAAAGAAGAAAGGCUUCAUCUUGCUGGAAGGCGACGGGUCGUGGAACACGGACAUCAACUACGACGACCACGCCCACGGCGACAUAAACGACCUGAUGCGCAACGGCGGCGGCGGCAGCAACUGGUCGCCGACCGCGGAGAGCGCCACCUUCACGGUCCUCGCGGACAACUUCGUGGCCCGGAACAUAGCCUUCAAGAACAUGUACAACGCGGUGGACAAGAGCAGGCCGGACCAGGCGGUGGCGGCGCUGGUGGGCGGCGACCGGAGCGCCUUCCACGGCUGCGCCUUCUACGGGUUCCAGGACACGCUGUGCGACCUGGCCGGCCGGCACUACUUCCGCGACUGCUUCAUCAAGGGCGGCGUGGACUUCAUCUUCGGCUACGGCCAGUCCAUCUACGAAGGGUGCACCCUGGAAUCGGACGUGCCGUCGUGGUACGGCCGGCAGCCCGGGUGGGUGACGGCGCACGGGAGGUUGCACGCCGGCAGCCCUGGCGGGCUGGUGUUCAAGGGCGGCGAGGUGCGGGGCUCCGGCCGCCUGUACCUCGGCCGCGCGUGGAACCAGUACGCCACCGUCGUCUUCUAUCACGUGAACAUGACCGACGUCGUGGUCCCGCAGGGAUGGGAGGCCUGGAACGCCGGCCAAGAUGUGUCACAGGUGACGUUCGCGGAAGUUGGAUGCAGUGGCCCAGGAUCCAACACUGCCGGAAGAGUUUCAUGGGAGAAGCAUCUCAGCGAGGGAGAGCUGCAGAGAUUCGUGGACAUGAAGUUCAUUGAUCGUGAUGGUUGGCUAUCCAGUCUACCUAAUUAG